GAUUUUUCGUUUGAAACGCGUGAAGGGAAAUCACGUCGAAAACCAAUACGAUCGAAUUCUGCAUUCGUCGCGUUCCUUUGGCUUGUUUGUUUCGAAUACACGGAGGAGAACCGUUGUGGAAAACGGUUUUACGAUAAUGUAGACUCGCCUAAUUGUGCCAGGCACCUGAACGGACACGGUUCACCGCCGGCCACGAAUUCGUCGCAACGCGAUCUCCACGGGAACGCCGGCGGAGGCGCGUCCUCGCCGUACAACCACAAUUAUUCCGGGGACGGAAGCUACCAGUAUGGAAGGUUCGACGCGAGCGCGCUCCACAUCGCUCAUGCCCUUAAGCAGACGGAGCUUCAGAAGGGCUACAGCAAGGCACGCGAGAAGCCCAUCGAUUAUUAUCUGGACCGAGAUGAACAGACGCGGCUCGAGAUGAAACAUCGGAAGGAGGAGGAUGACCUCUAUCGGAAAUUCGCUCACCACCGCGAGGAGGAGGACAGACGAAUUCGAGAGGAAUUUAGAGACGAAUGGGAGAAGGAACUGGAGGAAUUAUCGGCCAGAUGGGAACGCGAAAAAGGCGGAAGAGCCCGAGCCCAGCAAUUUCAGCAAGAGAAAGAGGACUUGGAGAAGAAUAUGACACUUCGUAGAGACAAGAAGAAGGAAAGUCUCACGCGUAAAAUGCUGGAGCACGAACGAGCGGCGACCGCAGCCUUGGUGGAGAAACAGAGCUCGGAGAUGCUGGAGCUGAUCAAUGAAGCAAGAAGCGAGUAUAUGCGGCAGGAGAGUCUGUAUCUCGACGAAGGGGAUGGUUAUGCCCAGGAAGCACCGCCUUUGCCUUAUCCGUCGCGUGCUCCACCCCCGCAGCCCCCUGCUCUCGCCAAGUAUCACAUCUACAAUGAUCCUCUGGAGUUUGCUGACAUGGAUCAGAUAGCUAUUUCGGUAGCCCAAGAAGAUCAGAAAACGUUCACAGAUUUGGUGCGACAGUUGGUGAGCAGAUGCGGAUCGGAUAUAGAGAAAGCUAGGACGAUAUUCCGAUGGAUCACCGUGAAGAACCUGAAUACCAUGCAGUUCGACGAGAAUCUGCGCGGGGACACGCCUAUGGGCUUGCUCAGAGGCAUAAAACACGGGACUGAAAGUUACCACGUUCUGUUUAAACGACUAUGCAGUUACGCGGGAUUGCACUGUGUAGUGAUAAAGGGUUACAGCAAAUCGGCUGGUUAUCAGCCAGGCGUUUGCUUCGAGGACAAUCGAUUCCGAAAUAGUUGGAACGCAGUCUACGUUGCUGGCGCGUGGAGAUUCGUCCAGUGCAAUUGGGGGGCGCGACAUCUGGUCAAUGCCAAAGAAGUUCCUCGUCCUGGUCAGCCAAAAGCCAAGAACGACAGCCUCAGAUACGAAUACGACGAUCACUACUUCCUCACAGAUCCGCGAGAGUUCAUCUACGAGUUCUUCCCUCUUCAAGAGGAAUGGCAAUUGCUCAAGCAACCGAUUUCGCUCAAAGAUUUCGAAGAGCUGCCUUUCGUGCGCUCGUUGUUCUUCAGGUACGGCCUCUACUUUCCGGAUACGAACACGAAUGCCGUUAUGUAUACGGAUUCUACGGGUGCCGCGACCGUCAGGAUAGCCAUGCCAGCUCACAUGCAAUCAUCCCUCAUCUUUCACUAUAAUCUCAAAUUCUACGACAACGACGGCGACGGAUACGACGGCGUCUCGUUGAAACGAUUCGUCAUGCAGAGCGUCGUUGGGAAUAUCGUCGCGUUCCGCGUGCACGCACCCUGUUCAGGGGCUUUCCUCCUGGACAUUUUUGCCAACGCUGUGACGCCCAAGGAAUACUUAACCGGCGAGCCAAUGAAGUUCAAGAGCGUGUGCAAAUUCAAAAUCGCAUGCGAGGAAUUGCAAACGGUGAUGGUACCAUUGCCAGAUUGCGCGAGUGGCGAAUGGGGCCCGACAAAAGCCACGAGACUGUUCGGUCUCAUACCGAUAACUCAUCAGGAGGCUCUGGUGUUCGCCGGUCGCGAAUUGGAAAUCCAAUUUCGAAUGUCCAGACCAUUGACCGACUUCAUGGCGACGUUGCACAAAAAUGGCAUCGAAGAGAAACGGCUGUCCAAAUACGUAACGCAUUCGAUCGCCGACAAUGACGUGGUGACUUUCUCCAUCAGCUUCCCCGAGGAGGGCCAGUAUGGCUUAGAUAUUUACACCAGGGAAUCGACGAGUCCUACAAACGUGCCGCAUGACAUCACCGGUGAAAAACACUUGCUCACGCAUUGCUGCAAGUAUCUGAUCAACUCCAGCAAGAGGAAU